GGACUAAACAUGGCUUUCUGCAGUGUGGGGACUGCUUUGCUCUGUGCUUUUGCCUUAACUACUCACUUGACAUUUGCUUCACCCCGCACUUUCAGCAUAGACUACCAAAAUGACUGCUUCCGUAAGGAUGGGGAGCCAUUCCGCUACAUCUCCGGCAGCAUCCACUACAGCCGCAUCCCUCGAGUCUACUGGAAGGACAGGUUGCUCAAGAUGUACAUGGCUGGCCUCAACGCCAUUCAGAUGUACGUUCCAUGGAACUACCAUGAGCCUGCUCCUAGUCAUUACAACUUCAGUGGAGACCGGGACCUGCAGCACUUCCUCCAGCUGGCACAAGACAUUGGCCUCCUGGUCAUUAUUCGGCCAGGGCCAUACAUAUGUGCAGAGUGGGACAUGGGGGGGCUACCAGCCUGGCUGCUCAACAAGAAAGAUAUAGUGCUUCGCUCCUCUGAUGCAGAUUACCUGGAUGCAGUUGAUAAAUGGAUGGGGAAGCUGCUCCCAAUGCUAAAACCUUUCCUCUAUCAGAACGGAGGGCCCAUCAUCACAGUGCAGGUGGAGAACGAGUACGGCAGCUACUUUGCAUGCGACUACAACUACCUACGCCACCUCAGCCAGCUCUUCCGCUCCCACCUAGGGCAAGAGGUGGUGCUGUUCACCACUGACGGCGCAGGACUGGGGUACCUGCGCUGCGGUGCACUGCAGGGUCUCUACGCCACCGUGGACUUUGGGCCAGGUGCUAAUGUUUCUGCUGCCUUUGCUGCUCAGAGACAUGCUGAGCCUCGUGGACCUCUGGUGAACUCUGAGUUUUACACUGGCUGGCUCGACCACUGGGGGGAACGUCAUGCUGUGGUCUCCUCAGCCAUCGUGGCCAAGUCUCUCAACGAGAUUCUAGCACUGGGAGCCAGUGUCAAUCUGUAUAUGUUCAUUGGAGGAACAAAUUUUGGAUACUGGAAUGGAGCCAACUCUCCCUACGCACCCCAGCCGACAAGCUACGACUAUGAUGCUCCCCUGAGUGAGGCUGGAGACCUCACUGACAAGUACUUCGCCAUCCGGGAUGUGAUCAGCCUGUACAGCAAGAUACCAGAGGGACCUGUUCCCCCAUCAACACCUAAAUAUGCGUAUGGAGCUGUGAAAAUGAAGAGGAUCCAGACUGUAUCUGAGGCAGCCGACUUGUUGUCCUUCUCUGGGCCUGUAAAAAGCGCAUUCCCCCUGAGCUUCUCUGAGAUGAAUCAGUAUUUUGGAUUCCUGCUGUAUCGGACUAAGCUUCCUGUGGACUGUACCACACCUUCGCCCCUGUCCUCCCCCCUGAAUGGGGUGCAUGACCGUGCCUAUGUUUCUGUCAAUGGAGUUGCAAGUGGUAUCCUUGAAAGAGACAAAUCUAUAACCAUUAACAUCACUGGCAAAGCAGGGAGCCUUGUGGACAUACUGGUGGAGAACAUGGGGCGAGUCAACUAUGGGAAGGACAUCAAUGACUUCAAGGGCCUGGUCUCCAAUCUUACCCUGGGCUCUGAGGUUCUCAGAGACUGGGUGGUGUAUAGCCUGGCUAUUGACGAGGCUGUCAGCAAGGGCCUGCUUCAUGAGGAUGCAUCCCUGGAGGCUGCUCCACCCUCACACCUCUCAACUCCAACCUUUUACGCCGGCAGCUUCAGCAUCCCUGAUGGAAUUCCAGACCUGCCUCAGGAUACUUAUAUCCAGUUUCCUGGCUGGGGGAAGGGACAAGUGUGGAUCAAUGGCUUUAACUUGGGUCGAUACUGGCCCAGCAAGGGACCACAGGUGACCCUGUAUGUGCCAGCUCAUAUUCUAACCACGGCCGCACCCAACAACAUUACGGUGCUGGAGCUCGAGAGCGCUCCCUGCACUGAAGGGGCAUGUACAGUGGAGUUCACGCACACUCCCAUCCUGAACGCCACAGUCACGCACACAGCUGCAGACAGGAGGAGGCUCUUCAGCAAAGAGGACCUGUCCUGAGAAAUGAUGCAACACUCCUUAACACCAACAACAACAACAAUGGUGCACAAGAUCACCGAAACAAUUUGCUUUGUGUUUCCCCUGUGGAGGAAUUCAACGUGCACUUGCCUAUUUGUUAUUUGGGCUCAUUUUGCAUGGUGCCUUUUCUGCAUUAGUUUGUAACAUGUCUUUGUUUUUAAAAUUCGCAUGGAUCAUGGACAGUGCUACCUCUUUGUUUGCUCUCUUACAUACAUAUUUCAUCUGAAGGUUUUAAUCACUCAGGGUACUACAAAGAAGGAUACGGCUUUUCAGUAUCGCUUAUCUGGUUAUGUCAAUUCAAAGGGAACUUUAAACAAUCCAAACAAUCAGAACUUCUGCUGUGUUGCUGCAUUGUGUGCUGUACAAAGUAACUACUUCAGAGCUAAAAGGGAGGGUUGUCUGACAAAAUGAGGCAUUAGGCAAAUAUACUGUGGUUUCAGGUCUGUCAGUUUCACCUUGAAGUUUCACAUCUUCAUAUCUCUUUUCAUUUCAUAUCCGUUUUAUCCCCUUGUGCUGUAGCCUUCACAUGCUAAGUGAUGGCUUUGUUUGGAGCUUCAUUUUUCACCACAUCUCCUCAUUACAGAUGUACAGGACACUGUUUUUAUAUCCGUGAUUUAGUGUGAUCUUCUGUGAUACAUUUUGUCGCACCUUAAUUCAGUUGUUGCACAUACUGAGGAUUGUCUUAAAUUUUUGUCAACUGUUUUAAUACGUAUUUUAAGCAGAUUUAUUGUUUGUCUUUUGGUUUUAUAGCAGACACUACUCUGGUCAGACUGCAAGAGUACUGUGAGGUACAGUAUGCAGAACAGGUUUGUGUUAGCUGUAAG